CAAUGCACGUCAGCAGAGAGAACACGAUGCCUCCCGCGAGUCAGCUCGCGCACUGGCGCUAAUAAGAGCUGAAAUAUUAUAGCUCUAUUGUAUCGGGGGUAAGAGAGGUAGAGAAGGGGAGCCCGCUUUUUUUUGGCGUGACACGUCGCACUACUUCUCCCAAACCCUUUCUCAAAUUUCUCUCGCCCGUAGUUCGGCUACGGUGGCUGGCAGCGGACAAAAGUGGCCGCGCGCGCGCUGGCGGUUCCGUUUCGCUCCUAGACAUGGUUCUUGUUUUUACUUUUGGUGGGUCGGUGCGUUCCGACCACCGCAGUGUUGUGACUCGAGGCUGAAGUCUCCUGUCUUGCUGGGUUGUUGUGUUGUUCCCCCACCCCCCCUCUACCCCACUCCGUGAAGCAUGGUCAUGGCUGACUGUGAGCCGAAAGCGGCGCUCCGCGGGCCGGUGCGUGUAGGCUUCUACGACAUCGAGCGCACGCUCGGCAAAGGAAACUUCGCCGUGGUCAAACUCGCGAGACACAGAAUCACCAAAACUGAGGUGGCCAUAAAGAUCAUAGACAAGACCCAGCUGGACUCGGUAAACCUGGAGAAGAUCUAUCGCGAGGUGAAGAUCAUGAAAAUGCUGGACCACCCACACAUCAUUAAGCUGUACCAGGUCAUGGAGACUAAGAAUAUGCUCUACUUGGUGACAGAGUAUGCCAAAAAUGGGGAAAUUUUUGACUAUUUGGCCAAACACGGACGGCUGAGUGAGCCCGAAGCCCGUCGCAAGUUCUGGCAGAUUCUAUCAGCAGUGGAAUAUUGCCACAACCGCCAUGUUGUACACCGGGACCUGAAAGCUGAGAACCUGCUUCUGGAUGGACACAUGAACAUCAAGAUCGCAGAUUUUGGCUUUGCAAACUUCUUCCAGCCAGGAAAGCCUUUGGCCACGUGGUGCGGCAGCCCACCGUACGCCGCCCCUGAAGUGUUUGAAGGACAGCAAUACGAAGGGCCACAGCUGGACAUCUGGAGCUUGGGGGUGGUCCUUUAUGUGUUGGUGUGUGGAGCCCUGCCUUUUGACGGUCCCUCCCUACCUGUGUUAAGGCAGCGCGUGUUAGAGGGCCGCUUCCGAAUCCCAUACUUCAUGACUGAAGACUGUGAGCAUCUGAUUAGGAGGAUGCUGGUGUUGGACCCGUCCAAGCGGCUCUCGGUGGCUCAGAUUAAGGAGCACAAGUGGAUGGUGCUGGAUGUUCCCGUACAGAGACCCCUUCUCUACCAGCAGUCCUGCACGGCCGAGGACGACAUCGGACUGGGAGAGUACAGCGAGCAGGUGCUGCGGCUCAUGCACAGCCUCGGCAUCGACCAGCACAAGACUGUAGAGUCUCUCCAAAACAAAAGCUAUAACCACUUUGCUGCGAUUUACUACCUGCUGGUGGAGAGACUGAGAGCGCACAGAUCCAGUUUCCCCGUGGAGCCGCGUCUGGAUGCUCGCCAGCGCAGACCCAGCACCAUCGCUGAUCAGACCAUGGUGAAGUCGAGCAGCGGUGCUCCCCAGGUGAGCCUAAUGCCCCAAAAUGUGCGCCUGCUGCGCUCACUGGCUGUGCCUCAGGCCGGCGCCGACUCCUACGCCUUCCCACAAUCCUCCUGUGCUCCUGAUCAUAGCCUCAUGGAGGAGGAGGUGGGAACUCCCAAAGUGGACGGCUGCAUGCUGGACCCUCUGCCUCCAGUGGCCGUGCGGAAGUCCAGCACGUCGUCGCCCAGUAACAUGAUGGAGACGUCUAUAGACGAAGGCAUCGAGACCGAGGACCCGGAUGCUGAAGAGGAAGCUGCACACGCUUUCAAUGCCUACCAGACAACCCGCUUUGGCCAGCGCAGACACACACUGUCCGAGGUCACCAACCAACCUGGCGUGCUGAGCAACGCAGGGAAGCUGUUCUCGCUGGGCAGCAUGGACUCCGAGUACGACACCGGCUCUAUGCACAGUGACCUGAGCAUGCUAGAGGGUGUGUCCCCUAUGAACGAAGCUAUUCUAGCCAGUGCGUCCAUUAAUCGUGUGACUCCACCCUUCAUCAGCCGUGUGACUCCGCCCAACCCAGCCAUGCACGUGCUGAGCUCACAGAGGAGAGAGACUCACAACCGCUCACCCGUCAGCUUCCGAGAGGGACGCCGGGCAUCAGAUACGUCACUCACACAAGGUAUGGUGGCAUUUCGGCAGCAUUUACAAAACCUGGCUCGCGCAAAAGGCAUCCUGGAGCUCAACAAGGUUUAUGAGCAGAUGGGCUCUGGGGAGAAUCCCUCGCUCGGACUGUUGAAUCCCCAGACACACCCACACAACCCUCUGGAUCCCUUACUGCAGGGAGGUGGAUGCCACCAGCAUGACAUGGCUUUGUACUCAGGUGGACCUUCACUGUCCAGGAGACAGAGUCUGGAGCCACAGUACCCCUCACACAGAAUGCCGAAACCGAACCUGAUGGCAAGUCCCGGGAGCUGCCAUAUGUUCUGUAAAGAGACCCCUCGCAGCCUAGAACAGCAGCUGGCUGAGCACAGCUGAAAGGAUGCACCGUUUUCUGUCUACCCAACAUCAACACAACACCUAUCGCACAACUACCACCAACCGGGAAGGUUAAAGUCUAACGCAUGCUUCCUCUGGGACACGUGAAGCCAACCUCUGCAUCUUUUCGAACUGCUGCUCAUCUCAUGCUGCAUCACAGUUCAGCGUAACACCAUUGGAAAGAAUCUACUCUCUCUAUGCAGUACAUGAGCUGAGAGACAGCCACAAAUGUUUACAGUUGUUGUGAUUGACAGGUGAGAGAGUGUGCCACCCCUUCCACCCAGAGAGCAUGGCCAAUUGUGUGCUCUUGACUCGUAGCAUCACUAGGAUUUAAACUUGCAAUCCUGGAACAAUAGGACGUUUUUUUUUUCCUGCUCCCGAACAAAUGCUGACCAACCCCGCAGUUAACAUUUCUGGUGGUUCUAAUUCGCAAAUUAUAAACAAACUAGUAUUUAAACCAUUGUGACAAUGACCAAGAUAAAGCAGUUGAUGAAUGAAUUCAUCCAGAAAUGCUUCGCUAAGCACCCAGUACACGUCCAUGUGAACAAACGUAUUUCUUUGUCCCAAAAGCCUCAAAUCUGACUGCUAGCAAAAAAUAACAAACUAGCCACUCCUGCAGCUUUUUUAUUCCACAGGACCCCUGUCCUAAUUCACACAUUUAGUCUCUGCCUGCUCGAAAAUAGAACAAAAACAAUUCACACGUUACAACAUCUGAAGUAGUUCAGCUGGAGACCAUUCAUCAAGCUGUGUUCCUCUAACAUUCACUUGACAUUGAACUAUGCCACUUUUAUUGAGAAAUUAAACCAAAGGUCUUUAACCAGAGUGCUUUAACUGCUCCCACAUAAGCCCUGACAGCUCGAGAUAAAAGUCAGUAAGGAGUAAAGCAAAAGUCACAUCUCCAGGCUGUGUUCCAGACAAGAACACCCAAAAAAACAGACUUUACAAACUGAAAAUGAGAAACAUUUGGUUGUCCCAUUACAUUCUUAAUGACACCUCAAGGAGCCUUUCUUUUAAACAAACCUCUCACCCAUGGAGCAGGUGGAGUGACAAGUUCUCAUAUCCAUCAUCUGCAGUUUUAAUUCAAUCCAAUUUUAUGUGUAGAAUUGUUUCCAGUGCCAAAUCUAUGGCGAUUUAAAAAGCUCUCGUCUGUACAAGCUAACAAUGAGAUUUGAUCUGUUUACCACAUUUGUAGUGCGUCUACGAUUAAAACUGAGAUCAUUACCCUGUAAUGCAAAGAACAGUAAAUAUAUUUACUGCAAACCUACCUCAAGAAGAAGGGCAGUUGAUGGGGCAUCAAUGAACGGUUAUCAAAAACACCCAUUUGUGAAUUCCUCAAAGGUGCUCGUAAACUGUACGAUUUGUCUACUGAGAGAUAGGAUUAGUUUGUCAAUGGAAUGAUUUGAAAGUAACAAUGUAAAUCAUACGGGGGGGGGGGGCAAAUGAAAGGAAAAACUAGUGGCUGUUAUUUGUGGGUGUCAUGGUUCAAGUCAAUACAAAAAAAAUUCCGACUGAUCGAUCCUCUGAGGAAACUUUGCUAUUCUAAUGGGAGUCGUCUCACUGAACGGUUUGAUAAGGAUGAAAUGAUGAAAAAAUGACAGACUACGGCCUUCACAGUUACCAAAUCUCAACCCAAUUGAACAUAAAUGGGAGAUUUUGGAGCAAAAUGAGUUUGGAAUAAACACGUUUGUGUUUUUUUUUUGCUCAGUACAGAGAAAUAUGUUGAAAUACUUGCCUGGGGUAAUUACACAGCAAUAAUUAAAAAAACAAAAACAAAACUAAACUUCAAAAUACACAAGUUACUAGAGACAAUUGUUCAUUCACUCAUUCAUAUUUAAUAAGAGAUUGAUUCUGGUCAGGGUCACGGUGGAAUAAUGGGACGCCAGUGUGAGACGCUCAGUGUGAUCUAAGGGACAACUUUGAGGAGCACAAUGUAGUGUACUGCGUCAAGCCAAGCAACCCAGGUAGCAAACUGACGUUUAUUAGCAUGGCUAUGUUGGCCUAUACAACACCAGCCCAACAUUGGCAAACAAUGCACUUUUCAUAACCACCCAAAGUACAUAAAUAAAUAUUCGGGGCCUGCAUUCACACCCAACUAAACGGCUGACAUUGGACCAGCAUCAGUGGAUUUAGUGGAUUUAAAAGUGGCUGACCCAGUGAACAAAAUGGUGUCAUCCCAACAGAAUGGCUGAUGUUGCCCACCACAAGUUUGCAACCUGGGAACCAAACGCCAGUGAAAAUGUUUUGUUUGAAACUCUGUUCAUCUGAAACCUCAUGCACUGUUCUGUAGGUAACAGUGAAGUUAUCCUCUCCCUGGCGCUUGAUGUGCUCAGCGCUGUGGGGGUGCAAUAACUACAAUAGUUGUUCCCAAAACAAUUCACUCGCAGCCAAAAUAAUUGCAUCCAAGCCCCAUGUCCUAGCUAUUUCUGGCUAUUCCAGUGGCACCCAAUGGUAUAUUCUAAUUAAACAAGUAAAUGAUCUUGAACCCAAAGAGCCUUAUAGAAAUUUGGUGCCGUUCAUUAACACUUCUGAUUUAACGUCCCGCUGCGUCCCAAUUGCACAAUUGUUGUAAGCAGCGUUUCAGUAUUUGAAGUAUUUAAUGCAAGCACAAUUCCACCGAGCUAGUUUAAGUGCUUGUGCUACAAGAAGCUCCCUCUC